GAAGGUGGAGGGAAGGCAGAAGGACAGGGGUGAGGGCCCUGGAAGCAACAGAACUGCCUCCCAGCUCUAGACAGCCACCUUGCCUCACUCUGCUCUCUACCACUGCCCUGCCCAUUUGCUGGGACCUGCCCCCCCCCCCCAACUCCUGCUGCCUGAUCUGGCCAGCUUGCCUCUGGAUUCCAGCCUCUGGUCAUUGGUUCUUCCCUCCAUCUCCAGGUCUCUGUCCUCGUCCCUCUUCUAGACUCCCUUCCUCCGCCCUAUAUCUUUGCAGAACUUUCUUUUGCCCAUUGUCCCUCCCUUCUUUCUGACCUCUUCCCUUUGGGGGGCUCAGCGUGGCCCAGGCCUAAGGGGAGAUGUGGGAGGUUCAGUUCCUGGUUCUGCUGCUUCUGCAACUGCUGUGGGUGGCUCCAGUGGCAGCUCCAGGGUCUGGGACAGAGGUCCAGGUGGUGUGGGCCCAGGAGGGGGCCCCCGUCCAGCUCCCCUGCAGCCCCACAAUCCCUCUCCAGGAUGUCAGCCUUCUGCGAAACGCAGGGGUCACUUGGUACCACCUACCAGAGAGUGGCCCGGCGGCCCCGGCGCUCAGCCUGCGGCCCGCCGCGCCCUCCGCCCGGGGCCCGGGGCCGCGCAGCUACGUGGUGCUGAUGCGGGCUCCCGGCGGCCUGCGCAGCGGGCGGCCGCCCCUGCAGCCCCGCGUGCAGCUGGAAGAGCGCGGCCUCCAGCGCGGGGACUUCUCGCUGUGGCUGCGCCCGGCCCGACGCGCCGACGCCGGCGAGUACCGCGCGGCCGUGCACCUCCGGGACCGCUCCCUCGCCUGCCGCCUCCGUCUGCGCGUGGGCCAGGCCUCCAUGACUGCCAGCCCCCCAGGGGCCCUCAGGAUCUCCGACUGGGUCAUUUUGAACUGCUCCUUCAGCCGCCCUGACCUGCCAGCCUCUGUUCACUGGUUCCGGGGCAGAGUCCCAGUCCCGGAGUCCCCCCAUUACCACUUAGCUGGAAGCUUCCUCUUCCUGCCCCAAAUCAGCCCCUCAGACUCUGGGCCAUGGGGCUGCACCCUCACCUACAGAGAUGGCUUCAAUGUCUCCAUCAUGUACAACCUCACUGUUCUGGGUCUGGAGCCUUCAGGGCCUCUGACGGUGUACACCGGAGCAGGUUCCAGGGUGGGUCUACCCUGCCGCCUGCCUCCUGGGGUGGGGACCCAGUCUUUUCUUACUGCCAAGUGGACCCCUCCUGGGGGAGGCCCUGACCUCCUGGUGGCUGGAGACGAUGGCAACUUUACCCUCCAACUGGAGGUAGUGAACCAGGCCCAGGCUGGGACCUACACCUGCCACAUCCAUCUGCAGGGGCAGCAGCUCAGUACCACCGUCACUUUGGCAGUCAUCACAGUGACUCCCAAAUCCUCCGGGUUACCUGGCAACCUGAGAAAACUGCUUUGUGAGGUGACCCCAGCGUCUGGACAAGAGCGCUUUGUGUGGAGCCCUUUGGAUAAGCAGUCUUGGCGAGGUUCCCCAGGACCCUGUCUGGAGAUGCAGGAGACCAGACUCCUUUCCCAGCCCUGGCAGUGCCACGUGUACCAGGCGGAGAGGCUUCUCGGCACAGCGGUGUACCUCAUUGACCCUGCUGGCCCAGGUGCCCAGCGCUCUGGGAGGGCCCAAGGUGUCCUGAAAACAGGCCAUCUCUCUCUCCUUCUCAUCCUUGGUAUCCUCUUUCUCCUCCUUUUGAUGACUGGAGCCUUCGGCUUUCAACUUUGGAGAAGACAGUGGCGGCCAAGAAGAUUCUCUGCCUUGGAGCUUGGGACUCACCCACCUCAGGCUCAGAGCAAGAUAGGUGAGCUGGAGCAAGAGCCAGAGCUGGAGCUGGAGCCGGAGCCGGAGCUGGAGCCGGAGCCCGAGCCUGAGGAGCUCUGACCUGGAGCUGAGGCAGCCGGCAGAUCUGCAUAACUCUGUCCAAAUAAACUCCCCAUCAGCAGCAA